AUGUACAUGUAUCCUGAGAAGUACAAGUUUCUGGCUCCUCUGGCUGUCAUUGCUGGCGUGGUCUUCCCAAUCACCGCGCUCUUUGGCGCUAUUCUGCCCAGUAUCUACAUCCUCGCUGCGGUUGGUGGAGGAAGCGUGUUCCUCUGCGUCAGCACUUGGUACUUUGUGACCCAGCCGGCUUCGCCGCCACAGCCGCUGUCGAGAAACGAGUUGAGACACUUGCUCGGGCGGACAUCAUGCACCUUCUACACCUUCGUCCUCCUCUUUGCAGGUCUCUUCAUCCAUGCCAUGCUCACGCCGUGGAAGGACAUGCUGCUCGAGUUGGAGUUGGAUCUCACGAAGUCCUGGGCGUCCAUUGUGGUCUUGCUACCGAUGUGGCUGGUCGCGAACAGAGUGUCCACGGAGCCGGUGAAGGCUGGCCACGUGAUGAGCUUUUUCUGGUGCGGCGCUCUUUUCUCGGCGUCAUUUGCAGGCCUUUUCAACACAAGCCUUCUCAGCCUGUGGAAAUUUCUCGAUCCAGACUGCCACGCUGAGCUGCCCAUAGGCCCAAAGUGGCCUUUUGAGAGCCCCAGCAGCAGCUGCAUCAUCAAAGCCUCGGUGCAGUGGAUCUUGACGCCAGGCAUCGUGGAGGAGUCCCUGAAGUUUGUGGUGCUGACUCGGCUUGUCACGUCCGUGGAGGAGGCGGUCAAGUCGCGAGCGCUGACUCGCUGCCCGCGCAUGUCGGGCUACUCAGGCAUGCCUUGCUGCGGAUGGUUCCUGAAGCUGGCUGCCACACCGGUGGUGGUUGUCCUAAGCGGGAUGGCUGUGGGCGCUGGAUUCGGGACGAUGGAGAACUUGGACUAUAUCAAGAAGUUUGCAGACACGGUCUACAAGUCCCGGAGCAUUCUCCGUGCUCAAGUGCGAUCCUUUACGGCCCUCCUCCACAUUGCCAUGACAGGUACUUCCUCCUUCUUCUUGGCGGUGUCUAUGUUCCAUCCGAGCAAGCGCUGGUGCUUUAUGAAGUUGCCAGGCGACUAUCGAGAGCUGGAUGCCGACACGGUGAGAUCCUUCUUCAAGGCAGCAGCCUGCACUUUCUAUCGCUUUGACAAGGCCACCCCUCCCUUUGCUGUGUUUGCCACAAAGCUGGUGGAGGAGAUGUAUGAAGCGUGGUCCCCGCAAUAUCUGUCCUUUUACAAGGUUCAAAGUCUGGAGGAGCUGAUCGAGAAGCACGGGCCCAUGGCUUAA